CUCCCGGCAUCAGGGCUGGAACGGCGGGAUGGCGAGCACAUUUGUCGGCGACGGCCGCUUCGUCGGCGACGGCGGCGCGGCACUCCAGUGUUUGUGGAGCCAGUGGAAGUGGAAGAUGAUCCCCAACUGCCCGGGUCGGUACAUCGUCAAGAAGAACCGCGACAUUGUGCGCUUGCGUCUUGCGGAUCUUGUGGCUUCGCUCAUGUUGGACGUCGUCGACGACGAGACUGCACUCGCCGGCGGCCUCUCGCUGGCGUUGACGGGGCCAGUCCGGCUACUGAUGACGACGAGUCCGGUGAUUUCCGAUGUUGUCGGCGUCGCGCUCUUUCCUGGUGGUGGCGGCGUCAUCACGUACUGCAAACCCACGGGCGAUUUCGUUCACACGCUCAAUACCCAUAGCGGGCUUGCGCGCAAGCUAGCGGGGCUGUGUCUGAUCCCCAAGCCUAGUGCAGUCGUUGUAUCCGAGUGAAUAACCAGCAAGGCAAAAAUGGCGAAGAUGGUUCGUAUCACUUUUUCAACCAUGAGCGAGUGGGGUACUAGUACGCACGUUGUCGUGACGAUAACAAAUGAUUUAAUGGCUACAAGUUGAACUAAAGUCAACGCGUCGUCGGCGUAG